AAGUUUCCCACGGCCAGGAUCAAGAGAAUCAUGCAAGCGGACGAGGAAGUCGGUAAAGUCGCCCAGCAGACGCCUAUCGCUGUCGGCAAGGCGCUCGAGCUUUUCAUGAUCCAAAUGGUGACCAAGAGCGCCGAUGUUGCCAAGGACAAGGGCUCCAAGCGAGUCACUGCUUCAAUGCUCAAGCACGUGGUUGAGACGGACGAGCAAUGGGACUUCUUGCGCGACAUUGUCAGCCGC